AUGUUCACCAAGACUUCCCUCCUCUGCGGCCUAUUCCUGGCGCUCACUGCUCUUGUCUGCGCUAAUCCCGUCGAGGAGAAACGUCAAAUUGGCUCUGUAUUUAAUUCGCUCACUUCGGAUGUCGGCUCCAUUGCUACUGAAGCGACCUCAGCAGCUGGGUCGAUCUUCACUGGCGCCACCUCCUUUGGUGGUAGCAUUGCCACCAUUGUGACUUCGGCGGCCGGGCAUGCCUACACCGUUGUCACCUCGGCCGGCGGUGAAGCCGUCACAUUGGCGACAAGUGGUGCCGGCGUUGUUACUUCCUUCGCGGGUUCCGAGUACACCGUCGCGACCAGCGCGGUUGGCUCUGACGUCUCAAGCAAGAUAUCGGUUGCAGCGUCGAGCGGCAUUUCAUCUCUGGUCUCUGGCGCACCUUCUACCUCUUCCACUUCUCCUUCUACUUCGUCGAACGCCGCCGUUGGUACUCAUGCCUUCAGUGUGUCCACCCCACUACUCGCCAGCGUAGUGACAGCGUUUUGUGGAGUCUUCUUCGGAGCUUGGGUGACUUUGUGAUGUGGACACUGCGGGGAUCGAUCUAUUAUUCAUCACGUCUUGUUGCUUUGAGGGUCUAUCUGCCUCCUACAUACGUUACCACACACUUCGACCUUCCACAUGCUUAGUUUUAUAUACAGCUUUCAGCACACGUUUUCAACCGUCAGGGAAAUAAUACGAUGACGUUGAUGAUGCAAUGCUC